AUGCGAGUCAAAGGCGAUGCGGCCGACCUCGUGGUCAUUGGGGGAGCACACGACGCGAGAUACGGCGCAUCCGAGUGGUGGACGACAUUCUACCUCGCAUGUGUUGAUGCGACCGCCAAUGGCGCAGAUGAUCCAACAUUGCAUAGCUUCCGUAUCGUUGCUGCCGUGUCGCGACCUGCUAUUACCAUUACAGAUAUGCGGUUCCUUAAUCGACAUGGAAAAGCGCACUAUCUGACACCUUUCGACAGGUCUGCCACACCUCGAUGGCCAGUGUCGGCAAGCUGGAUGUCUUCCUUCGGCACGGGCGAGCUAUACGAUGGCGCUAUCACCGUCGACCUUCCCACCACAAUGAUCGACGCCAGCGACAUCCGCCAGAUUCCCGACCAUCAAGAAGUUUUCCUUUCCGGCAAUGUCACGUCCCUCGUUCGAGUGCCUUUGGAGUUCGUAGCGCUAGGAAUUCGCUCUUCGUCGUAG